CCUAAAGUGAAGUUAAUGGCCUACACAACGUAUAUUAGGCCUACCUUGGAGUACGCUGCAUCGGUAUUGUGGGACCCCUAUAGAAAAAAUCAAAUUGGUGAACUGGAAAAAGUUCAGAGGAAGGCGGCGCGAUUUAUUCUAUCCAAAUACAAGCGACUUGAUUCUGUCACAGAUAUGCUGAACAGCCUCAACCUCCCCUUACUUUCUGUCGGUCGAAAAAUUGCUCGACUAAAGUUAUUCUUUAUGUUUUCUCAUCACCUGUAUAACAUUAACCCGGAUUCUAGAUUAACACAUCGCGCAUCGAGAGAACUCAGAUACGUUAGCACUAAUCAGUUUGAAGUGCCCACAUGUAAUAUUGACGCUUAUAGGUUUUCUUUUUUCCCUAGAACUGUGAAAAACUGGAAUGAUCUCCCACAAAAUAUAUUGUCAUUGGACUGUUUAGAUGAUUUUGAGAGCGCCCUUUUGAAUAUGACUGGUUUGGAAUGAUAAAUAGUAGUUAAAUAUUUUUUGGAAACUUCGUUAAAGA